AUGCUGUCUGAUGCUCAAGUUGACUCAACCGAUAGUGGAAUGGAUGAAGAAACUAAAGUGAAGGAGGCGCCGCACCAGGACCCAAACUGCAGCAUCGACCACGAGAAUGCCAGCGGUGUUCCUGUGAUGGCGGACGUCUCCGAAGAAAAACAAAGGGACGAAUCAGUUGAUAGCCAAGCAGUAAUCGACGAACGUGAACGGCUAAUAAAGGACGACGAACAGGACCAGGUUGCUUCGUGGAUAGCGACAAUAGCCGGUGGAACCCAAUUUUUCAUUGAUUUUAUUUGUUAUGGAGCACUUGACUUUUAUUCACUAAUUCUGCUCCAAUUUUUGCGCAUAUGUGGGAUAAUCUAUCAUUGCUAUAAUUGCGAAAAUGCUAUCCAUGAAUGCCAGGAGGUUCUUCAGGGACAAAAUUCAACCAAUGAAGACUCUCACCCUGCUGAAACUGAGGAAAAUAUAGAAUCGCCAAGUGGUGUUAUCAUUAACGUUUUCGACACGCUUUCAAUGAUAUGUUUUUCAUUGGAUGAACUUGACGACGGUAACAGGUGCAUCAAUCAUGAGAAAUUUUUGUACAAGGAGGCAUUUUCAUCACUCGAACGCUUGCGCUGUGAUGGGAUGCUUUGCGACGUUGAGUUGUCUGUUGGUGAUCACAGGAGCAUUUCUGCUCAUAAGAUAGUGUUGGCUGCUGUCAUCCCAUAUUUCAGAGCAAUGUUUACUACAGAGAUGUUGGAACAGAAUAAGAGGAAGAUCAUCGUUCAAAAUCUUGACUUCGAAAUAUUGGAGUUAUUCGUUGUUUACGCCUACUCUGGUCGGCUUCAUAUAACUACGCAAAAUGUGUUGGAAGUUAUGGUUGCUGCUAAUUUCUUUCAGCUUGAUAAUAUUACUGACAACUGCGGCACGUACCUUCAACGUCGGCUGCAUCCGUCUAAUGUGUUGAGUGUUCAUGCGCUCUGUUCAGUACUGAACUGCAGAUCACUGGUGUACGUAACCGAAAGAUUCAUCGCGAAGUACUUCACGUUAGUCUGUCGUUGCGAACAAUUUCUCCAACUUUCUAUUGAUAGUGUAACCGAAAUAUUGUGCAUGGAUGACCUGUAUGUGGAAACGGAGGGAAGAGUGUUUGAAGCUGCUUUAGCAUGGAUAGAACAUGAUUCCAACCAUAGGAGUAUCUUCAUAUCCAGGAUCCUCGACUGUAUCCGUCUUAAAGCGUUGGCUCCGUCAUUUUUAGUGACUCAAGUUGCUGGCCACGAAUUGAUUCGGAAUGAUUCAAAUUGCAAGCAGCUCGUUGAGGAAGCGAAAGACUACUUUUUGAUUAAGACCGAAGAUUCGUCGAUCAGUCCUGGGGAUGUUCAGCCACGCGUCUGUCAUGAUCCGCCUUGCUUGAUCUUAGCCGUAGGUGGGGAAUCAGAAGGAGAUUUCAUUUGUUCUGAAAUUGAGAAAUAUAACCCCAUCACAAGACAAUGGGUUCCGUUACUGCCAAUGCUCUCAGGUCGCACUGAAGUAGGUGUAGCAGUGCACGACGGGAAGAUCUAUGUUGUUGGUGGACGAGUUGAGGGUAGCUCGGGGCGGGUUGAAUGUUUCGACUGGAACUUCAACACAUGGGCUGAGUUGGCUCGAAUGCGAACACCUCGCCGCCUGCAUUCGGUUGCUUUUCUGAACAAUGAGCUUUAUGCUUGUGGUGGAAUCUAUGGUAACAACUCCUUGCAUUCUGUAGAAGUGUUCUCUCCAGUUGAAAACAAAUGGAAAGCUUGUGCAGAAAUGUCCACGCAGCGGUGUGGAGCUGCAGCGGCUGUUCUGGAUGGGUGUCUAUAUAUGAUUGGUGGCAGUAAAAGGACGGGUGAAGGGACGUCACCAUUGUCUACUGUCGAGCGAUAUUCUCCUAGUGAAGGGAAGUGGGUGACAGUCGCUUCAAUGAAGUCACAGAGGAUGUUUUGCGCUGCAGCGGCAUUGAACGGUAGAAUCUACGUAUGUGGCGGUUCUAACAUAUAUGAGACCCUUAACACUGUGGAAUGCUACGAUCCGAAAAAGAACGUUUGGGUUUCGGUGGCUCCUAUGAAAGUCGGUCGCUACGCAUUCUCUGUGGUCGCGUGCGAUAAUGCGAUCUACGCGAUAGCAGGCAGAAAUAGUUCUACAGUGCUGUGUUCGACUGAAAUUUAUAACGAAGACACGAACGAGUGGGAAUUCGAUGCUAACCUAACUCGUGGCAGAGCCCACUUCGGAGCUGCGGUGGUUCCGGUUUCUCCCGGUUCUUUGAGUGUUUAA